AUGUCUUCUGACGAUGGUCCAUCCCCAUACUACAACAAGCACACAGCAUCAAGUUUUGUCGACGUAUUCAAGUCUCUAAGCAUUACCCGCCCAAAGUCACCUUCUCCCGUCUCGCUACAGGACAGCAGUGAUUCUUUAUCGCACUUGACGGAUGGACGCAGAAGUAGUCGGCUUGUACUGGGAUUUGAACCAAUGCAUCGUGGCAGCGUCGUGUCUAGCUCCUCCGACACCUCGGGUGCGCGGGAUUUCGAUACGGCGGUUCGGACGUUGGCGCAGAGGCAGUCCUUAGGCCAAGCUAUUGAUGAGGCGGAGCAAAUAUCAAAGUCCAUCCAGUGGUUUACUCCGGAACAAUCGCUCGCUCUCUGGGAGGCAGGGGCACAUCUCUUCCAGCAUGUGAGCUCGCCAGAAGCUCGACGGAGUGGAUCGAUGUUGUUAGAAGCCGUUGCGGCGCGUCAAGAUUUGUCUCCAGCAGCGCGGCGCAUCGUCUUUGAGUCAAUAUUGAACCCCUCAGAUAACGAUGUUAUUCCCGCCCGUGUCCAGUCUCUGAUAGCCCUAUCAGAUCAUGGGCGGAAAGUGGAUUUUGCAGCCUCGUCUAUUCUCCCUGUGAUAUCGGCCUGUCUAGUUCCGUUGUACGAACUAAUUUCGUCCGCGCGGUUAAAGGCAAGGAAAUCGAAAGUGAACGGGCAGGGAUAUGAUGGCGCUGUCUUGGAUGCCCUUCUGGAGUUCGCAGUCGACCUGAUCACACUGCAACGCAAGCCACCUAGCGAUGACGAGGUUCAGACGUUAUUAGAGCAGAUUUUCACGAUCUGCAGAAAGACGAGCGUUGCUACUGACAUAAAGAACUCCCUGAGUCUUUUUGAUGCCGUAAUACUCUAUGCAGAUGUUCCUGAUGGGAGCUUUGUUCCAAUGCUCGAGGUUUUAUGCAGCAUCCAUGCAUCUGUCAAAUCAUUGUCUGGCCCCACGUCCAGAGCGGUCCGAAAUUUGGCCAAGUCAAGGAGACAAGCCGAGAUGAUGGAUAAUCUGCAUUCCUUUCUGUCGGAGUCUAGCGGCGAAAAGACCCGUAAUCUCAACGUUGUGCGGGGAACGGUUUAUGUGUUCAUGGAUCUUGUACGUGCGCACGGUCAAGAUGGGAUACCUGAACUCCAGUUCACCCAUUUGAUCGACUCACUCCAAGUUGUCGCGAAAAAGGACGAUGGCCGGUUGGAAGCAGAUAUCUUGGAACUGUGUCUGAAUAUUUUGGAAGGUGACUUUGUUCACUUGGCUUUGGACCAGGACUGGGGCGAAUUCGUGAAUUUAUUGAAUUCGUGUUCCCUUAGGGCCGUUGAUGAGCCCGACGAGACCUCUUUCACAAUGCCUGAUGCGCAGCCGCGGGGCAGUGUGUUAGACGACGCACGAUCUAACAUUUUGGCAAACACCAUUCAAAUCGCAUCUACUCUUGAGACUCUCUGGGAUCGUUUAAACCACCAGCAACGGCUAGACGCCACGCGUUUCCUAAUGAAUGCAUGUCGGUACAUUGAGCCUCCGCAGGCUGAACUCGUCCUUAACACCAUCCGGACUGAAGGGUUCUGUUCCCCUGAGAAGCCGGGGUGGAUACAGCAGAAUCAACGACUCAUCCGCUGCUUUAUUCGCUCCCGUAGCAAACCCUCCGAUGUUCGGAUCCUGGCUUUGGAUACCGUGAAGGAUUCCUUCUCAACCUAUGAUUCUUUGGUCCUUUUCCAGGAACAAGGGCUUCUUGAUCUCAUGCUGGAAAGGUUUGCUGAUGAGGAUGAUAUCCUUUUCUUAGAAUCGUUGGUCUCUUUCUUCGUUGAUGCUUCUGUGCUCGCCAGUGAUGACGAUAGUUUCAAGCGUUUGGUGGAAAUAUUGAGCGCGCCCAUGCAUAAAGAUCUGGACAGGGAAGCGGUUCUCGGAUCUGAAUCUUCGACUUUGUCCUCCGAACGCCAUCCUUAUAACAGUGUGCUGGAGUUGUCUUUGGCCAAUAUAUGUACGAUUGGACUUGUCAAGAUGUUUCUUCGAUCUUUGAACUUGUCGGCGAACAAGGCAGCCUCGGUAUAUGAAGCACUCCUGAACAUAGCGCAGUCCUCAGAGCGACCAGUGGACUCGCGCUUGACGUCCUUGAAGCUAUUAUUCCGAUUGCGGUGUGAUUCGUCGGGCUCAAUCACUGUGACCUCCGUGUCUGAAAACGACUUCAUGAUGAGUGUUUCCGGGCGGAACUUCGAGACCGGCUCCAAAUCACAUGGUGACUCGGCUGGAGAUCAUAACGUUGAGAAUGAUCAAGGACGGCCAGCAGCUCAUGGAAGGCACUCCGCGCGGGAGCCAUCCGUGCUUUCUAGGUCGACAGGACGCAACUCGAUCAUUCCUGUUCGCGCUUCGAAACUGACGCCCCCGAUCUGGACAUUUGCGACUCCGCAGGUGCUUCCUGAAGCACCCCCAGAUGAGUCAAGUCCUUUCGUGUACGCUUAUGCGACGCCGGACACGAGUCACCACAUUGACUCAGACCCAGCACAAAAAGUGGCACUGAAGGCGAACAUGUGGCUUGAGACAGUCAUCUCACUGCUACAACGCGAGGUCAACUGGGAUCUCUACAGCUAUGUCCUUACCCAUCUUGCGAGUCAGCUUCAAAACAAAGAUCUUUUCAGCAAUGCGGUUCCUCAAGUCAAGUUAUUGCGCAGCAUCCUUUGUGAUCAGGUCAAGAACGAUUCGUUCCGUGAGCCACCAGCUUCCACUGGCGUGAAAAAGACGGACGUAGCUGGUUAUAUCUUCGAGUUCCUCUGCUCAUUGAUCAGUUAUCAUGAACAUUUCGCCAAGAGUGAAGAAGACGAACUCGUACGCGCAUUCAUGAUGGGCAUAAUUGGAUCCUGGGGAGGUACUUCUCGUGGGUGUAUACAUGCACUGUCUGUCUGUUGCCAUGAAAUUCCGCUGUCAGUGACCAAGUCUCUCAAUGGGAUUCUGGACAAGAUGUCCAAAGUCAUUACGAUGUCCAACCUUGCUGUGCAUAUCUUGGAGUUUCUGGCCCUCCUUGCACGCCUGCCUGAUGUCUAUAUCAACCUACGCGAGGAAGAGAUCCGCACCGUCUUUGGCAUCUGUAUUCGAUUCUUACAAACCUCUAGAGAGCAGCGGUUCAAGACCUCUGAGUCUCCUACCAGGGGGCCCCAGAUCUCGUCAAGGCUCGGAAGUGGCGUGCGAGAUUCUUUAGCUUCUCCUGCAGAGUCAUCUGAUCCUUCGCUUCAAGACGGGAUGUCCAGAUACAUCUAUACUCUUACAUAUCACGUUAUGAUCUUCUGGUUCCUGUCAUUGAAGUUACAGGAUCGAGCAAAGCAUGUCAACUGGAUAACCAGCAGGCUCAUCUAUCGGGAUGAACACGGAAAAGAGACGGUCGAGGAGCCAAGCCAGGUUUUCAUCGACUUGAUGCAGCGGUCGGCUUUCUCGGAUUUGGGCGAUACCAUUCCAUAUCCGACGUUCCCUCCUUCCCCCGAGGAUGGGCCUGCAGUGAAAAAGUCAUGGGUCGUGGGUAUGAGCAUCGUGACCGUUGAGACGGCUGGGGUUUCUGGCUUAACUCAAAUCACCAAGAGGCAGGCGUCAGGAACCACUUAUGCAAUGUAUCAGCAACGAACUGCGCCCGUCCUUCCUCAUCAGGUUCCUCCAACUCCCGACGCUCACUUGCAUUCCGACACCAUGCGCACUGCUGUUCUUCCUAGCCAUGUCAUGCUCCAGCUGACAACAACGGCCUUCCCCACCCCCACUGUGAUGCAGCCAAUUCCUCUUCCCGAAGAUGACAUGACCCGACGGGCACUGAACACGUUUGAUCGGAACGAUAUUGUGGACGGGCACAAGAUUGGCGUUAUCUACGUCGAUAACGGCCAGACAACCGAAGCGGAGAUUCUCUGCAAUGCUAGCGGCAGCCCGGACUACGAGUACUUUCUGUCAAGACUUGGAACCAAGGUUCCCCUUCAGGGUGCACGGUUCAAUACCCAAGGGUUGCAUGCUGACUUCGAUGGCGAGUUUACUUACGCGUGGCGUGACCGGGUUACGGAGAUUGUCUACCAUGUUCCAACCAUGAUGCCUACGAACUUUGAUAACGAUCCUUCCUGCGUCAGCAAAAAACGCCACAUUGGCAAUGAUUUCGUCAACAUCAUCUUCAACCGAUCGAACACUCCUUUCAACUUCAACACGAUUCCUUCCCAAUUCAACUUUGUCAACAUUGUUAUCAACCCUGUGUGUCGUCUUACCAAUGAGGGUACUGCAGACUCGAAGCGGACUGAUUUUGAAAACCUAUUCUACCAGGUGAAGGUAAUGAGCAAGCCUGGGUUCCCAGAAAUAUCACCUGCCGCGGUGCCGAAACUCAUUUCCGGGAAGAAUCUGGCUCCGUUUGUUCGCAUUCUUGCCCUCAAUGCGUCCGUGUUCUCGCUUGUCUGGCAUAGUCAAGGAGGCGAGCACAUUUCGUCCUGGCGCAACCGACUGCGUGAGAUCAAGAGACUUCGUGAGCGAGUGCUGGGGUCGCAGGCUCAAAGUCCUGACGCUGCCGAGGGCGCCUACCCGGGUCAACGCCGGAACACCAAAGCCAACAUAUUUUCCGAGGAACUGCCCUCGCGCAGUACCUCGGUCCGGAGCGAUUUUGCUACCGAUUGGAACGCGGCUGCAGACGCAAAUAUCUUGCAGAACUUGGACUUUUCACGCUGGGGCCGCUGA